AUGUAUAGUGGAAAGCAAGCUUCAACUCCUGAAACUGGAUCAAAAACCGAAAAACUUGUUUUAAAGUUGAUGCGUUCAUACCCAUUACAUGGACAUCAUCUAUUUAUGGACAACUACGACAAUUCUGUGAGCUUGUCACAAAAAUUACUUGAAUUGAGAAUUCAUACAACUGGCACUUUACGUACAAAUCGCAAAGAUAAUCCUAAAGACAUAGUAAAAAAAACUGAAGAAAGGUGGAAGACGUGUCUCGACGCCAUCGUCGACAGGCGUUCUGGCAAAUCACGCACUUUAAAUGCACAUUUCAUGUGCCAGUACGUCGUGAGACGUUUACGUCUAUAUCCGUUGUGUCACAAUAGUAAAUUUUUCUGUCUUGGUGGAGGUUUUAAUAUCUGUAAAUUAGUAAUUCAACAAAUAGAUUUGUCAAAAUUCUCGGAGGAAAACUGA